AUGUGGUUUAUUCAGGUGUACUCAAUCGCACUUGUCCUAGCGCUGGAUCUUGUGUGUCUGUUCCGACUGUGCGUGCUGCAGGAGCCGCUCUCAGUGGCAACCAUGAUGUGGUUUGAUGAAGCCGCUGACAGCGCGCAGGGUGCGCUACUGUUCGCCUUGCUGCUCAUCUAUUUGGCGCUGCCGAANCUCCUUGUGGUGUACGAGCCGCUCAACCAAUGGAUUUUGCUGCUCACUGCCGUUGGGGAGUCCCUCCGUGUGAUGGUGUACUCUGCGCUGUUCGCCGACUAUGAGGGGGCGACGCAGCUCAACACGAUCACACUCACGCUGUUAGGCUACAGCGCGGGGAUCUACUGGCGCAACUGGUACUCAACGAGGAAGAUGUUCUCUCGUUUGACGAAAUGA